CCAACCCAUCGAACCAAGCCAACCUUUCGCUCAACUUGUUGAACCAAGCUCCGCAUCUCAACCAAACCAUUUUCAUCCUACAAGGUUAAAUGUUAAUUUGUUAAACGAAGAAAAUAAAAUACUUAGAGAGGAAAAUGAAUUAUUAAAAGCUCAGCUUGCGUUAGUAACAGAAGAGCUUGAUGUUUAUAAAAAUCCUGGAACAACUACUUUGCGUUCGGUUUUAAAGUAUCCAGUUCGUAAUUCACACGCCAAUAGUUCUCAUGUAACUUUUGAGAGCCAAAAUGAUCCUGAAAAGCAGCCAGAUUCUUCGUUGCUCCCCACUAAAAAAAAGAAAAAAACACUCCCUUUUGCCCAACUGCUUACAAGUGAGGAAAGCUGGCAGCAAUUGAAAGAAGCAAGUGAGGAAGCGGAACGAAUGAUUGCAGAGACAAACCGAAAAAAAGAGAUAACCGCUCAAAAAAAAGCUGCACGAGAGCUUGAUCUAGCACAAAAAAAAGAAGAACGUGCUAGAAAAACGGUUUAA